AUGGCGUCCAACACAUCACUCAAUUCUCGCGCAUCAAGUAGCAGCUCGCUAGAGGAGCCACAGGCGUACGUUGGUCCUGCUGCAGCGAGCACAUCCAAUCUCAAACAAUCACGAACGAGGCGCUUGUCCAGUGCUGCUUCCAAUUUGUUCUCAAUCAAUAAAGACGACAGUGACAGUACUGGUGACUAUGACAAUCGAGAGGACGAGAGUUUGAUCCAAGAUGUUGCAAAUGACUACUUUAACUCAAAAGAUGCCGAUUACGUCUUGGGUGCCGAUCACCCAGUACCAACCGGUGACGAGGGAGCACCCAAGUCGGAAGAGUUGGAAUCGGUUCAUCUGUAUCACCCAGAAUUGUAUACAGAGGAAAAACCAGCGGCAACGGAGUCCCCACAAAAGCAGCCAGUAAAAUACAAAUUAUGGGACAAGGAGUUCAAAGCCACGCGAAUUCAAAUCGGAUUAAAGCUUUUAUCAAAUUAUGCGUUUCUACUCGUUGGUUUUGCAGGUGCAUUGUUGCUUUACUGGGCAUCCUAUUACGAGCGGAGCACGCGAUACAAACACUUGAAAAUGGCAAUUGUUAUCGCUGAUCGUCAAGUAGGACAAUUACCCAACAUUGUAGGGCAAACAAUCCAGUCAUAUUUCACAAAUGUCCCAGCUUUACAACAAUUGGGCAAGUUUGAGAUAUGGGACUAUGACAAAGUCUCCUCACAAGCGGCCAAACAUGGACACAACAUCACCCAAGAAGUCUAUCAACAGGUGCAGCAUCAAAAAGUGUGGGCUGCGUUUUAUGUUUACGAAAAUGCAACGCUCAUGUGGAACCAAGCGUUGUCAGCAGCCUCAACAGAAUUUGACCCAUCAAACUCUUUAAUGGAAGUUGUUUACGAAACAGGACGGGAUUUGAAUGCGGUACUGAAUUAUAUUAUAACCCUUGUUCACCAAAUUUUGAAGGCGUACCCCAAUUUUGCUUCACAGAGUCAGAUUGUCGCCAACAUGCUCCAAACGGUGAACCAGACACAGGCGGUAAACGUAAUGUCACAAGCUCCUCAGUUGAUUUCAACAAUCCCUACAUUCAGAAUCAACGAUUUGCAUCCCGUGACUAACCUUGUUUUUCAAGCACCCUUUCAAAUUGGGUUGAUUUAUCUUGUUGUGUUUGGGUUUUUCCAAUUCAUCUUCACACUCAAAAUCCACAUGUAUUUGGCCUCAAAGAUUAAAGGUUGGAACUACAUUGUUUUCCGCCUAUUGUCAUCGCAAGUGGCGUACAUGUUUAUAUCGUUGGGUAUGGUUGUUUUGAACACAGCGUUCCAAUUACCGUUCACCACUACUUUUGGCCACUCUGGUUUUUUGGUCAUUUGGAUGUUUAGCUACCUUUUGAUGGCAUCAUUGGGUAGUAUUAUUGAAGUCUUGGUGAUUAUUAUGUUUGCAGUGAAACCUCAAUUGAUUGGGUUUGUAUUGUUGUUUACAGCAGUCAUCAACUUAGCUCCCAUCAUAAGCCCACCAGUGUUGACUCCUCCGUUUUACUACUAUGGAUAUGCUGUGCCAUCUAGAAAUGCUUACGAGUUGCUACAUGUUGCUUAUUUCAAUGCGUACAAGGGACACAUGGGGAGAAAUAUUGGGGUGUUGUUGGCGUGGAUUGUGGGAAGUAACGCCGUGAUGCCGUUCAUGUUGAAAUACCUUGCAAAGAAAAAGAAAGAGGCUGACGAGAAACAAGCAAUUGCAAAUCAAUGA